AUGCCCACCAUGCCCUCGAAUCCAAUUGCGCUCCACUUUCCCUCCGUUGCUGCUGUUGCCCGUCUUCAAGCCCUCUUCUUUGCCGCAAAGAUACUCCAUAGUGUCUUCUCCAGCAACCAGUCACUUGUUGCCGUGAAUGAGAACACGCCACUCACAACUUCGGUGGACGUUGUCGAGAUUCCUACUGGGACUGAUUCCCUUUACCUCGUCCCAACUCCGUGUCUCCUCUAUAAUCCUGACUCGUGGACUGCUUCCGUCGCCUGUGUCAACCUCACCUUUAUUUGUGUGGUACUCGGUGCUUGUCUUGGGCAAAGUGUCCGCAAUAGUGCGCGUCGUUGGUGGAGCUCAAUCGCAGUCUUCACUGCUCUGGCGGUUCUCAAACAUUUCCCCAUCGAUGACUGCCCAGUCUUCCUUCCGCCGCAGUUGCUGCUCAAUUUCGAGAAUGUCGCGCGGCUGUUCACGCACAUAGCAGAUAGUCUUGCAUCGUUGUCUGCCUCCAGCUCCAAAUACAUUGGAGAUAACAGCGCCGACUUCUUCUACGCCAUAAUGCUUGCUUUUGCCAGUCACGCUGGGUGGAUACUUUUCUUCUUUUCGGUCUACCAAUGCUUGGCCUCCCUUAUUGCCCAUCGUAUCUCGAUUGGGCUCAUUGAAGCCGGAGUGAUGGGCUGUUUGACUCCAUGGUGCAUAAUUCUUUGUUUUCCUGUUGUACGGCAAACACUGUGGGUAUACUAUCGAUAUUCCCUCCCCUCUGCAUCCUUCAGCCCUCCAACUGUGAUGCAGAUACGUCAAGGCGUGCAGCACAUUAUCGAAUAUACCGCUGAAGUCUACCCUGAGAGUGCGGCUGCCAAUGUAGCAAUCCUUCCUGGAAUUAUCCACGGAAUCUUCUUGUCCUUUGAUCUGAUAAAUCUUGUGCCUUCCCUUCUGCCAUUUGCUCGCAGGCUACGCAUAUACCACACCGACAUCCCCCUCCUCCGAUGGACGAUCUUCUGUGCUUUUAUAUAUGCAGCCCUCCUCGCCGAUCGCACUUGGGCGCAUUGCUCGGCCACAAUUUUUGAAAUGCAUCCCAUUGUGGAGCAGCUGCUGAACCAGGGAGUCGGGUUUUUCGAACUGCGAGCGCAAAUCGGCCCAAUUCUGGAUGAAGAAGUUGGCAAAUUCAGAAUUCAACAAGUACACGAUCUAGAGGGGCUUGUCCGUCUGUGUUACGAUACCUUGCGAGCGGCUUUGAAGUUCUAUUGGAGCUUGGGCUAUGGUCAUCAGUUUCUUAUCCUCGCCCCUGCGGUGGUCUUUUACGUUCAUCACCAAGUGGUAGAUUCCAUUUGCGCGUUACGUGAAGCAGAGGCGCCGAAUCUGGCACCGGCAACUGCAACAUCCUCGUCUUCGAUAAAGUAUGGAAUAACGGACGGAAUUCCAGCUGAGAGGAGCAACGGACGAAGACAACGGUGA